AUGUUAUGGUGGAAACGAAUAUGGCGUCAACCUAUGAAUCUAUUUAUGUUCAUCGUGUUUCAUAUUGCUGCACCAGCUAUCUACUGGCUAGUAUCUCGUGAAGACGCAACGCUUUUCGAUGGCGACUGGCUGCGCUUCCACAAAAUUGUGACUAAUUUUUUGUUGGUUUCAGUAUUUUCAAACUUAUGGAAGUUAAUUUUAUCCGACCCAACCCCCAGGAAGAUUAUUUUCACAGAGAAUGAUCACAUCACGAAAGGAUGGGAUGUAUGCAACACAUGCGAAGCUUACCGUCCUCAUCGAGCCCAUCACUGCGUGACUUGCCGCGUCUGCGUCCUCAAGCGUGACCAUCACUGCUAUUUUGCUGGAAACUGCGUGGGAUACUCGAACGCCCGAUAUUUCUACGGGCUGCUUUUCUUUACCUGGUUGGCGUUGGUCUACACCAACUUUAUCACUCUCGAGUUCUUGUUCAAAACGACGCUUCUAAAUCCAAUCCAAGUUCUCGUCUCUUUCUUCGCCCCCAUUCCAGCUGCGCUUGUCGGCUAUUUGCACGAAGACUUUUUCGUCCUCUUUGUCUCCACGAUCUCGCUCUUCGCCCUUGGAUAUACUUGCUACCUCAUCUUUUUACACUCAGAAAGUUUUGUCUCAGGAAUUACUCUAACAGAGAUGAAUCGAGAGAAAGAGUCCUACAAGGAGCGAUACCGCACUGGAGUCUUUCAAAAUAUGCGCGAGAUUUUCGGUUUAAACUGGCCCGUUGCGUGGAUUAGUCCCUUCAUCCCUUCUCCACUAUUAUCUGACGGAUCUCAAUUUCCUCAUCCAAAGAACAAUCGCAUUACCCACAGCUCCAGGCAAAGAAAGUGA